AUGCUUUUCGGAUUCUACCUACUUCCUUGUUAUUUCCGCACGAUAACCCUCAUCUCACUCAUAUGCUAUGGCACAUUCGGUGAUGCUUCACAGACACCACACAGGUCAAUAGUUGAACCAUUAAGUAAAAUAUUUGAAGACGAGAAGUACACAGAGAGUAAAGUGUUGGAUUUUUUAGUUAUCGGAGAUUGGGGAUCAAUUGGUGGUAAACAUCAUAAACACGGAUCACAGGCAAACGUAUCUAAAGCGAUGGAACAUGUGGCGACGAAGUAUGAUAGUAAAUUCAUUAUAAAUGUUGGCGAUAAUUUUUACAAAAGGUUUGGUCAUGAUUAUCAAGGGGUGAAUAGUGUGGAUGAUGAUAAAUGGAAAGAAGUUUGGAUAAAUGUGUACAACGGACCAAAAUUAUCAAAACUCACUUGGUACUCUAUUGCCGGAAACCAUGAUUGGUACACGAACGUGACAGCUCAAGUGGACUAUAGCCUCACCAAGGAUUCGCGGUGGUUUAUGCCAUCGUUAUUCUAUUCGCGUGUCACAACCUUUGAGUACACGAAAGAUUCCACGGUCGUAAGAACAAAAAUUGGAUGGAUACACAUUGACACCAAUAUAUUUUAUUAUGAUAUGGAUGAGAUUGCGACCAAAAGAGAAGGACUGCGUGCAAACAUUUAUAAUUUCGGAUGGGAAGGCGAUGAUGCUAUCGAAUCGAAAUUGAAAUGGAUUGAACAGAAAUUGAUUGAUUUUACCAACUACAAGUGGCUUUUUGUUGUUGGACAUCACCCAUUAGCAGGUCAAUGUGCCCAAAUACACAAGAUGCCACGGCUACUUCAACUGUUCGAGAGAUAUGGGGUGACCGCUUAUUUCGCAGGACAUAAUCAUGUUUUACAGUACAAAGCACCCAGUAAAUUAUCACCGGUGGCGCAUUUCAUCUCCGGAGCGGGAUCGAAAACGGGCACGGGAUGUGAGGGUUGUGAUUGGGGCAUGCCCAAGGGAACUUUUGGCUUCUUGCAUGUGACUGUGGGGCAUGAUGAUAAAUUGGAAUUUGAGUUCGUCGAUGCCACGACAUUGAAGAAUCCUGGAGGUGAUGUGCUUGCUGGGGUUAUUCUUAUCGCCACUGGAUAUUACCUAUAUGGUGCUGAAUCGAAAGUGACUCACAUAACUUCAUCCACUCUUAGUUAUAACUUUGCGUAUGCUCUCAUCACGAUUGGUGGUUUCAUAUCUUUGGUUAGCUUCCUUGGUUGUUAUGGCGCCGCCGAAGAGAAGAUAGGUUUCCUGAGGGCCUAUUUGACAUUAUUGUUCUUGUUAAUGACAUCUCAGAUAGUUGUCGGUAGCUUGGCAUUCGCUUAUCGUCAAGAUGCUGAUCACAUUCUUGAUCAAUCAUGGUCGAAAGCAUUUCGAGAAGAACCACAAUUAUUACGAGAUGUAGAAAAUUAUUUUCAAUGCUGUGGAUUCAAUUCAAUUGAUGACCGAGUUGUUCAACCGUGCAGGUAUUAUAAUCCAUGUCACGAAAUGUUGGAGGAUUCUUUGUGGUAUAGUUUACUGGCAAUUGGAGUUGUCGGUGUCAUAUUGGGAAUCAUGGAGCUCCUCUGCCUGCUUUUAGCAGUCAUCCUAUUGGUUCACAUCAGACGAAAUCAUCACUGCGGAGGGCUUGACGAGGAAAGACAAGCUUUAUUGGAUGAAACACGUAGACUUGACGAGGAAAUACGCGAAGCUUAUCAACGGAGAAGAGCGCACUUUGUAUGA